AUGUCUAGUAUAUCCCAGUUCUUCAUGUACUCUCCACGCAGUACCUCUCCAUUGCCACAGACCGAGUCUAAGCCUCGGCAGGUUUGGACGCCAGAGGAGGAUAGGUUGCUUGCUGAAGCCGUGACGAAGGGCAAGAAGAGCUCCAUGGACCCUAAAACACCAGCCAGCGGUUCCAUCAACUGGUGCAAAGUCGCCUCCCACCUCUCCCGACGGAACAACAAAGACUGCCGAAAACGUUGGCACUACAACGUAGCCCAUAACAUUCGCAAGGGCACCUGGACCAGAGAGGAAGACCAAAGGCUGCGCGAGGCCUUUGACAGUCACGGCCCGCGCUGGAGCAAGGUUGCUCAGGUGGUGGGUUCACGCAACGGAGACCAGUGUUGGAAGCGCUGGUAUGAUUGUCUUGACCCCAAGAUUGAUAGAAGUCCGUGGACGCCGGAAGAGGAUAUCCUUCUUCUCCAAAUCGUUUCCCAACGAGGGCGCAACUGGACCGAGAUCGUCAACACUCACUUUCCCAACCGCACCUCUCUAGCCGCCAAAAACCGUUAUAGUAUUCUCCGUCGCAGACAGAAAUCUGCUUCUUCUUCUUCUGCUUCAUCCCCUUCCUCCUCUCGCUCCAGGUCUUCAACACCCAACAUCAUCAGACCUAGAACCAAGAGGGCCACUACCACCACCACCACCACCACAACAACAACACCAACAAAAGCGAUUCCGAGCCCUAUGUCGAUGACAAGUAAACCACGAUACCUAUCCCCUACACCACCCACCUCAAGCCAACUUACCCCCGAGCUCGGACAAUGCUUCACUCGCUCUCCACUUUCGCUAUCAGACAUCGAGUCUACUUCCACCCAAGGGUCCGGCCUUGGGUUUCUCCUUCCACCAUCAGCACUGUCAACGGGGACGUCCUCAUUCCCGACGACGACGACGACGACGACGACGGCUGCGGCGGCGGCGGAUGCCGCUAAUUUCGAGUUAUUUUCUUUCGGAAACAACGGCUACAAUUGUUCGGGAGACAUGGACUGUGCUUGGGGUUCUUGCGCUGCUGAUCUCAUGGUACCAUCAGCGGGACCUAUGAGUAUGAGUUAUGCUUCUACUUCUACUUCCUCACCUUCCCCUUCGCCAUCCAUGUCGUCGUCAUUCUCGUCGUCGUCACCCUCGCCACAAUCGUUGUCGCUGAACGGCAUCUACAUGCCUGUGGUCAAUCAGGGCUUGGUCUUCAACUUCUCAAAUGUCCCGGCAACGCAAGCACAACAGCAACAACAGUUUGAGUUCAUCGUUCAGACCCCCACUCCGAUAGGAACAGGAGCCCCGGUAGAGUAUGCGAGUUGGUGCGAUCAUUCGAGAUUGUGAUAAUGGAGUAUUUUCUUUAUCUGCGUCGAGUAACGGAGUCUUUGGGGGGUUGGAUGGCGUUGAACAGGGAUUGAUGGCGGGUUUUGCGAUUUGCUUCUUUUAUUGUUUGAUGUAGACCAUCAUCACCCAGCACAAUCGGCGUCGGGGAUCAUAUAAACGAGGAACGCAACAAUCUCGUGUAAUGUCUGCGUAUUGGAUACAUGGAAGUCUAUCAAAAGAACUUGAUU